GUUCACAGUUGAGUGCGUGACAGCUGCGCAAACAUCUGUAUGAGCCACUGCGGACUGAGAGCCAUGCGCGCGCUAACAGCCGUGUUUGGCGUUUUAAUCGUUCUAAAGGAGACUGAAGCUUGGGGUUACAAGAAUGGGAUACUGCACAACUCCAUCUGGCUGGAGCAAGCAGCUGGAGUUUACCACCGCGAAUCUCGCAAGGGAAGAUAUCAGCUGACAUACAAGGAAGCCAAGGCCGUGUGCAAUUUUGAGGGGGGCACUCUUGCUACGUUUGAUCAACUGGAAGCUGCUCGCCAAAUUGGGUUCCAUGUGUGUGCAGCCGGAUGGCUUGAUAAAGGACGUGUGGGCUAUCCUAUUGUUAAAGCUGGCUCCAACUGUGGUUUCGGGAAGGUUGGGAUCAUUGAUUACGGAUACCGGCUAAACAAAAGUGAGCGAUGGGAUGUCUACUGCUACAACCCUGUGGCUAAAGAGUGUGGAGGAGUGCACACAGAUCCGGAGAAGGUGUUAGUUUCUCCUGGUUAUCCAGACGAGUACCAGGAUGAGCAGAUUUGCUACUGGCACAUUCGUGUUCGCUUCGGCCAUCGAAUCCGCCUGCACUUUCUAGACUUUGACAUUGAGGAGGACACCGAUUGUCUCAGCGAUCACCUGGAGAUCUACGACAGCUAUGAUGAUGUUUCAGGCUUUGUUGGAAGAUACUGUGGUGAUCAACUUCCAGAUGACUUCAUAAGUACAGGAAACGUCAUGACUCUGAAGUUUCUCUCUGAUUCUUCGGUGACAGCUGGAGGCUUUAAGCUGCAGUACAUCUCUGUGAACUCCUCACAGCUCUUUGACCUUCUUGCUGACUCCUUCUCUUGACCACUGCAUUUUUAAUACAACAAACCCUCAGCUUUUUUUAACAACUGUCUAUUUUAUAUUUUUACUUAAAUCACUGGUGCAAUAUUGAAGCAAUAAAUAAUCACAGAUUUAACAUGGGCCUGUGAACAUUUCUCAAACACACUUACAAUAUUUUAUUUAAUUUGUCCAAUAAUAGUGUUUGACAGUGUGUUUAAAACAGUAUGUUGCAGUGUUUUAAUGUGAACACCAUUUAAUAAAAAUCUAUAAGUUACAAUCUUUUAGUUAUAUAUAUUAUUCUCUUGGAAAUAUAACUUGCUUAUAAUGCUUAGAAUUACAGUUAUAUACAUCUGUUUAAAUUAAGACAAAACUGAUUGUUUUAAAAACAUUGUAUUAAAGCGAAAGUUUGCGUAAAA